AUGGAGACUGCAAGAUCACUCUACUCAGCAUCAACGGGCCUAUGUGCUGACUCGGUCGAAUCAGUACCCGGCUGUCCUGGCCUAUUUGCCCUAGCCACGUACCAAGUAGACAAGCACGAACAGAAAGAAGCUCAAUCCUCCUCCUCUUCCUCCACAGCAGCCGUACCCACACCGGACAAUGACGCCGAAGACGACCCAGAAGACGCUCCACAAAGCUCAAGUCCAGCCUACACAAGACGUGGCACAUGCAGUCUCUACUCGGUCUCCUCUUCCCUCGAUGCCGAUGGAAAAGUGGACUGCGAAAAAGAAGACAUGAUCGAAACGCCCGCUAUUCUCGAUAUGAAGUGGUCUCUCACCCGCACUGGGGAUGGUGUCAGAAGGAAGCUAGGUGUGGCAAAUGCUAAGGGCGAGAUCACACUGCAUCGCCUACAACAGAGCAGCUCGGGAACAAAGCUCGAGUCGAUGGGGAAGUUGGACUUCAACAACCAUAACGCUCUGUGUCUAAGUCUUGACUUUUCUGAUCGCAAAGGUGGCUAUCCUGGCGGCUAUGACGAGAGCAACCUCAAUUCGGACACAUCGUUGAUAGUCUCACAAAGCGAUGGAUCACUAGCAUAUUUGUCAAGCCUUGAGCUCGCACUAUCCUCCACCAACCCGUCUUCUGUCGAAGAAGUCACCAAGAAUCUUUUCAACGCAUCAAUACACAAGUCAGCCGAUAAAGACGAAGAAGACGACUGGGACAAAGCGUCAGAAGACGAGCGACAAUCUUUUCUCCUCUCCUCCCAUCUCACCCUCAACUCCGACUAUCCCACUAAGCCUAACAGUCUGACAACCUGGAAAGCACACGACUUCGAAGCAUGGAUUGCCGCCUUCGACUGCUUCUCCCCCUCCACCGUUUGGUCUGGUGGUGACGAUCUCACACUCAAAGGCUGGGAUCUUCGCUCUUCCCUUUCCUCAACGAGCAUCCCAGAACCAACAUUUAGCUGCAGCAAACCGUUCAAUGGCGGUGUAACUUCUCUCCAAUCUCACCACUUACGGCAGCACAUCUGGGCGGUAGGAUCAUACGACUCGCAUCUAAGGUUGUGGGACGCUAGGAUGCCGGCGAGUCCGUUGAGUGAAAUAGAGGUUGGUGGAGGUGUGUGGCGGGUAAAAUGGCAUCCGGAGGACGCGAGGAGGUUGUUGGUUGGGUGUAUGCAUGAUGGGUUUAAGGUGUUGAAGCUGGAUGAGUUGGGGCAGGAGGGUGCAGGGGCGAGUGAACUGAGAGGGAAGGAGAUGGAGGUGGUGAGGAGGUUCGAUGAGCAUGAGAGUUUGGCGUAUGGAUGUGAUUGGGAUCGUGGAAUAGAGGACGGUGUUGGGACAAGAGUUUAUAGUUGCUCUUUCUAUGAUACUAGACUGCACAUCUGGAAGGCAUAA